GGUGCACACAAGUCUGGGAUAUUGCAAAUCAUCUUAGUCAUUCUAGCCACUGUGUAUGGCGCAAAGUUGAAUAGUAAAAGGCUUAGUUUUUAAAAUUGUGACCCGUCCUCAGUAUAGAAAAGGUUCCCAUGUUAAAAUCUGGGACAGUCGGCAGCAUUAAAAACAUUCCCGGUGUCACAAGCGGAGCUCACAUGAACAGGGACCUGCCUGCAGUAUCACUAGCCCAGAAGAAGAGACAAAGUGUCGCCAGCAAUGUCGCUGCUAAUUUUGGCCGUUUUGCUGCUGACUGCCACAUUAUGUGAAGGACAACAACAAAGACAACAACAGAGGUCGCCAGCACCUCUUCCGCUUCUUCGAGGCCGGCUAGCAGUCAGCGGGAGGGUGACAUUUGUUGACAGGAGCCAAUACAGAGAUUUCCGUGGCUGGCCGUACGCAAGGACCCGCUUCUUUCCUCAGCAUCAACAACACCCAGGGUCAGACUGGUAUCAAGGAAAGCAUGAUGAUAGUCGCUACUGAAAUGACGAGCCACAAAAUGUACAAAACACAUCGUCAACCCUGUUUCCUGUAGUUCAAACUCAGCUAGGGGCAAUUAGUGGACGAGUACUGACUGCCAAGAACGGGAGACAAUACGAAGCUUUCCGAGGCAUUCCCUACGCCAGGCCACCUGUAGGAGACCUGCGAUUCUCGAAGCCCCAUCCUCAGCCUCCUUUUGACCAGGGACACUUUGAUGCCAGCGAGUUUGGAAAAAUGUGUUGGCAGCAACUCUCGGAACUGGGUGGUGUGGAUGUGUCCACAAUGAGCGAGGAUUGUCUUUUCCUGAACGUCUUCAGACCUGUGGCAACAACGACUGACUCUUCCCGAAGAGACGCACGCCCAGUAUUCGUUUACAUACACGGUGGGGGGUUUGUAAGCGGAAGUUCUUCGUUUUAUGUCCCUGGUCAACUUGUAGCGGACGGAAAUAUAAUCACCGUUACCUUGAACUACCGUCUGGGCGCUUUUGGAUUCCUCAGCUCAGGAGAUUCAAGACUUCCGGGCAACUACGCGCUGUGGGACCAGCAGCUAGCCAUCAGGUGGGUCAAAGACAACAUCCAAGCAUUUGGAGGAGACCCUAACCAGAUAACAGUCGGAGGAGAAUCAGCAGGAUCCAUAAGUGUUGCUUUCCAAAGCUUGUCGCCUCUCUCUAAAGGACUUUUUAACAGAGCGAUCAUGCAGAGUGGAGCCGCCACAGCGGGGUCAACCCAGAGAGAAUCUCUACAGCAGUUGCUUAAUUUGGCUCGUGAAGUCAGAUGUCCACUUCCUGGCUCAUCGCUACCUUCCGGCGGUGUCUCGUCGGACCAGGACCUGCUGACCUGCUUGAGGAACGUGUCCCCAGCGGAUAUUAUGACUGUAAAGAUCUUGGGAAAAUCAUUAAUCAGAGCAAUAACUGAAAUUGUAUAUGCGGCAGUAGUAGAUGGAGAAAUAAUUCCAAAAGAACCUGCCGCCAUGCUCAAAGAUAAGGAAUAUCUCACACAGGUCGGAUUCUACGAGAGAGACUACCUUAGUGGGAGUUUGAACAAUGAAGGAGGCGUUAUCUACUCGUCAAUACAAUCAAUGACGGGCAACGUGUCGCUUAUUGUCAACCCUAACAUCUACGACCUGGACUUCGUUCCAUUCUUGACAGAAACAAGGCUGGGAAGACGUUCAUCAUCUGCAGAAGAGGUGGUCAGGUUUUUCUACACCUUCCCGAGAACUUCAGGUGCUACACAGCUGGACAUGAAGCAGGUACUCGACACUGUAGGAGAUGUGACCUUCUAUGUCCCGGGCAAAGAAUUCGCUCGCGCCAUAGCCGGCGGUCAAAGGUCAGACCGCAGAAAUCUCGCCUACUUCUUCGACCACUACCCUACCUUCGUCAGUGGAGGGCAGCUUGGCUCCCUGCAUGGAGUAGACUUAAUUUACGAGUUCGACCUAACUCCUUCGGUGUUUGGAAAUGCCAGUCUCUGGAAUGCUGACGAUGAAUACCUGCGUAAGGUGUUCAUAGCGAUGAUCGCAGGCUUCGUGCAGACAGGAAAUCCAGCGACUGCCCUCCAGUCGUACCUACCAGGUGGAUGGAGAGACUUUGACCUCCGUGACGAGAGUUACCUGUCUUUAAAGCCUCACGCCUUGACGAUACAGCAACAUCUUCGAGGACGAGCAGCCUCACUGUGGAUUGACCUACUGCCUAAAUUGCUGGACUCGGAUUUGUCUCAGAGAAACCACACAUCGACGCACGUACCAACCCUGUCCGAGUUAAUCGGGUAGCGUGAGUGUCGUCGGGUAGCCUCACUACAGAUGGUCUUUCAAACACUGAGCGUGGCUAGGCGGUACCUUUAAGAUUAUGAAGAAAAUCUUUAUUAUAAGAAGUUACUCUUAUUCUUCUUAAAUGUAGCGAUAGAGGAUAUCUGUGAUAGAAUGAGCUAAUUAAGUACAAACAUUCUCUCUAAUAACAAACAAAAUAAAUAGAAU